UAUAUUUUCAUUUCUUAUUCAAACACGGAUAUGGUUAGUAAAUAGUUACUUCAACAAGAUCGUGUUUAUCAUUUCUUUACUUGGAUGCUGCUCUGUUACUACGCGGUCAUAAUCUUUCCAUAUUGACUUAAACAACAAAGACACACAAAAAGAUUGAAUCUGAGCCUUUAAAAUGAUUCAACGUUCUGCAAUCUACAUUGUGGCAGGCUGUUUAUCAAUGUCAUUAACAUUUGGUUCUAAGAUGGUGUUCCAAGCGUCGACCUCAGCCAUCACAACAGCCUUGACUCCCACUCUCAAGGUCAACUGUUCUUUGGAGUCCAUUAAAGAAAUGAGCACCCAGUUUAAAAAUAUAUUGUCAAUAACAAUUACCCGAGAAGAUAGUGAGGUAAUAGCCUCAGUCUCAGCUUGUAAUCCAGCCACAGCUUACAGCGAUUUUCAAACAGUUAGUGUUGCAGGGGACGUAACCUUCACUACUUCACCAGUCAUGGGUUAUCUUUCCCUGACCUGGUCUAACCCAGAUCAGCAGCAAGCCGGAACUUACACCUGUAACAUUAACGGUUUGACAGCUGACAACCAUGGAGUCAUGCUAACUGGAAAUCUGACUGUUCAAGUCCGUGAACCGAUUGUGAAUGAGUUGGUAGAUGUUAUUGUAAAGAUUGAAAAGAGACUUUCGGCUAAUGAAGAAUUAGUUAAAGAACUGGCCAAGAAGACAAAAGAGCUGGAAACCAAAACGGCUGCGUUAGAGAACUGCUGCUAUAAUCAGAACAAACGGGUGGCAUCUCUGGAAACUGUGGUAGGAUAUCUGGAAGCAGAGAGCAGCCAAUUGAGGAACAAGGUCACCGCCCCCCUACCCUGCAACAACCACUACAGGAACUCCGAAGUCUUCGACAACUGGGACAGAAUUAAGGAGGUCGCCUUCAUCGUGUACUCCAACUACACCAGAGUGGGCGACAUUUUGUUUGACGGUCAAGACUCUACCUCCAUCAGCUGGUUCGACCAGUCCAGAGUUCUGUUCGCCACUUGGAAACAAAUCAAGACAGACGCCACCAACUACUUCUCCAUUGAAGGGGACGUCAGGCCAGAACUGACCAGGACCUUCUUCAUCAACAGUAACUACAAUGGAUGUCCAGAAGACAAAGGCUGGUUCGUCGCCGUGGACAGAACCAACGGUAUUUGCCCUUGGGAACAGUCCAGAACGUUCCCAGUUUUCAAAUAUUCCAGGCAGAAUGAACCUCAGAACUGGACCAACGGCGAUGUGGCUAUUGCUGACAUGUUUGCCGUCUUCGUCAAGUACUACAGCACAGCCUAAUGGGCUCAAAUUCAAAUUACGACACUGAAUAAUGUAGUAUCUAUAACUACUAAAACAGUGUCGUUAUGUAAUGUCUACUCGGUGAAAUUAAGAUGGAUACAUCAGGUGUUAUAUGCGUGCCUGAUCGUCUCUGAUAUUUCUAUUACCACUUUAACAAUAUUAUCAAUAAAAAAAAUUUUUUUACUACAAUUUCUUGGAAGUUAAAUGAAUAGAAGUUAAGCCUUCGUUAUAUACUAAAGAUUAAACUACAUCUUC